AUGUCAUCACCGGCCCCAUCGACGCCUAGCAGGAGGAGCAAGAGAGGGAGGGGAGGAUCCGAGGCUGGUACUCCUGAUAGCAGUGCUAGACAGACACCGACAAGAUCCAGCUCUAGAAGAACACCUGCAAAUUCUGCCAAUCGUAAUGAACUCUCCUCUCCUCCUUCUCGGAGACGCAGAAUUGACCCAUCAUCUCCAGGGACUGAGCUUGGACCUCUUGAUUCUUCACCAGCUAGAAGACCAGCAGCUGAAGGGGAAGAAUCUUUUGUAACAAGUCCUAGAGGAGUGGUUACAAGUGAGAUUGACCUUAGUUCCCCUUUGAACUAUGGGACCCCUGGCCCACAGAGUGUCAGUGAAGGUACGCCAGCUACAGCAGCCACUCCAAUAAGGCACCGUCCAGACGUCAGAAAUGAUAGAAGGCUGCGGCAGGUUGCAAUAGGUGGAAAUGACCCUCCAUCUGAAACCGACAGAAGUGACACAGUUAGUGAAGGUCAUCAAGCCGGCCCACAGUUGGUGAUAUGGGGCACGGACGUCAUUGUUGGCGUCUGCAAAGGCAAGUUCCGUAAAUUCAUCUCCAAGUUUGUGGACAAGAGCAUGGCAGAUGAUGAAGAGUUUACUGGCGUCAAUGCUGACCAGCCUUACUACUUGCAGCGACUGGAUGAGAUCAACAUAAUCGGAGAGCCUUUUCUGAACAUCAACUGUUCUCAUCUGAAGGAAUUUGAUGCUGAUUUGUAUCGUCAGUUGGUCUGCUACCCCCAGGAGGUGAUUCCCACUUUUGAUAUGGCCGUCAAUGAAAUGUUUUUUGAACGUUUUCCAAAUGCUACUUUAGAGCAUCAGAUCCAAGUCAGACCAUACAAUGCUGACCAAACAAAGGACAUGCGUUCACUCAAUCCUGAAGAUAUUGACCAACUUAUCACCAUUUGUGGUAUGGUCAUUCGGACAUCAUCCUUGAUCCCAGAAAUGAGAGAAGCCUUCUUUCAAUGUCAUGUCUGCCACAACUCUGCAACUGUGGAGAUUGACAGAGGACGCAUCGCUGAGCCGACACUGUGCGCACACUGCAAUACCAAGUUUUCAUUCCACAUGGUUCACAACAGAUCUCAGUUUUCUGACAAGCAAAUGGUCAAGCUGCAGGAGUCGCCAGAGGAUAUGCCACCUGGCCAGACACCGCACACCAUCAUUGUCUAUGCUCACAAUGACCUUGUUGACCGCGUGCAGCCGGGUGAUCGUAUCACAGUCACUGGCAUUUACCGUGCUGUUCCUCUGCGGGUCAACCCUCGACAGCGCAAUGUCAAAUCUGUGUACAAGACACACAUUGAUGUGGUUCACUUCAGGAAGCUUGAUACUAAAAGACUGACGGAAGAAGUGGAGGAAGGGAAAACUGUUCACAUGAGCGAAGAAAGAAUUGAAAUUGUAAAAGCUCUCUCGAAAAAACCAGACAUCUAUGAAAGGCUAGCAAGAGCCAUUGCACCAAGUAUUUAUGAAAAUGAGGAUGUGAAGAAAGGGUUACUACUCCAGUUGUUUGGUGGAAACAGAAAAGAUUUCUCCAACACUGGUAGAGGAAAGUUCCGAUCAGAACUGAACAUUUUGCUGUGUGGUGACCCUGGUACCAGUAAAUCCCAACUUCUGCAGUAUGUCCACCAUCUUGUACCUCGAGGUCAGUACACCUCCGGAAAAGGUUCAAGUGCGGUGGGUCUUACCGCCUAUAUCACGAAAGAUCCGGAAACCCGGCAACUGGUUCUCCAGACGGGUGCCUUGGUUUUAAGUGAUAAUGGUGUCUGCUGCAUUGAUGAAUUUGACAAAAUGAAUGACAGUACCCGAUCAGUGCUUCAUGAAGUCAUGGAACAACAAACACUCUCCAUUGCCAAAGCUGGAAUCAUCUGCUCCUUGAAUGCUCGCACAUCCAUCUUGGCUGCCGCCAACCCUGUGGAGUCCCAGUGGAACAAGAACAAGACAAUCACUGAAAACAUCCAGCUUCCUCACACGCUGCUUUCCAGGUUUGAUCUGAUAUUUUUAUUGCUGGACCCACAAGAUGAAUUGUUUGAUCGGCGUCUUGCAACUCAUCUGGUAUCUCUUUACUUCAGAAGCAUGGAGGCAGAGGAGGAGGAGAAUCUGGACAUGAACAUCCUGAAGGACUAUAUGACGUAUGCCAAAGCUUUUGUCCACCCAAAGAUAGGAGAAGAAGCUGGCCAGGCUUUUAUCCAGGCUUAUGUUGAAAUGAGGAAAGUUGGCAGCUCACGCGGGCAAAUAUCUGCCUACCCUCGACAGCUGGAAUCGCUGAUCCGCUUGGCUGAAGCUCAUGCUAGAAUGCGACUGUCUGCGACCGUCGAGGUAGCAGAUGUGGAGGAAGCUAGAAGGCUGUAUAAGGAAGCCCUGAAGCAGGCUGCCGUAGAUCCAUCGACAGGCAAGAUAGACAUCACUAUCUUAACGACAGGCAUCAGCGGUGCAGCACGCAAGCGUAAAGCUGAGACUGCAGCCGCCUUGAAAAAGCUGAUUCAGUCCAAGGGCAAAGUGCCUACGCUGAAACAUCAGAAACUGUAUGAAGACUUCAGAGAGUCCUCUGAUAUUCCGAUCACCAAGGAAAUGUUUGAUGAUGCUCUCCGUGACUUACAGGAUGAAGAUUUCCUCAUCGUCACCAACAAAGUCAUCAGGCUGUGUUCUACAUAA